AGAGAGCGGCAGGCCGAGAUGCAGAAGGAGAUUGACGCCCUGCCAGAGGAGGUCAGCAGCGACUUGCACACGGGCACAAGAGAGGGCGACUUGGAUGUGCAUGCUUCGACCAUGCGCUUCUGUUGCCUUCAAACAGAACAGAAAACUAAAGGAGGCCCUGGAUAUCUGGGCAGGCGGUCAGGUACGUGACAAUUCUCUCACAGUCUCUUCGUCUCUGUCUGACGGCCCCUAUUCACCUUGUGUGUCAGCAAGGAGAGUCGGCGCAGCAGCUGGGCGCGGGCAUGCUCAUACAGCAGCAGGGGGGAUGGCCGGAGCAGCAACCGACGGGCGAGUCCGCACCCGCACCGCCAGCAGCAGCUGUAGAUGGGCAAGACGAGGGGCUUGACAAACCAGAGGGUCAGGCGAUACACAGACAGACAGGCACAGGCACUCCCCCUCACCGCCCCCUUACUCUCUCUGUGUGUCCAUUCAGGUGGGGAGGACUUGAAUAGCGACGAGGGCAAGGACGAGGGAGAGGGCAUUCCAGACGAGCCCCCCAUCACUCCGCCCCCGGCCACGCCGCCAGUUGGUCGGCCACGUCUCCUUACUGCAGCACCUGCUGCUGUGCACCACGUGCCCAUCGGCCCGCCCCCUCCCCUCAUCCCCCCUCCCGUCAUCGGGCCUCAUCCCUGCCACCUCCGCUUCCUCCCGCGGCAUAUCGCCCCACCGCAGCUCAAAACCACUGCCCCUGUCGCGCGGCCUGUGCUCGGCGGCGUUCCCCAUCCACUCGUCGGCCCUCCGCUCAUCGGGCCUCCUGCCCACUCGUUGGCGCGCAUGGCGCCGCGGCAGGUUUGGCUGCCACCGCCUCCCCAACCACCUGCCCGGGUUCCGCUUGCGCACAUGGCGCCGCAUCCUGCCAGGCUUCCCCUGCCGGCGAGAGAGGCGAGGGCGGGCCGGCGCUCCAAAUGCUGCGCCAGGUGAGGCGCGCUGGGAGGGGGAGAGGGGCUUGGUGUGUGAAUGUCAAUUGCUGCCGCUGUUGGAUGAAUGGAUGUAUGGAUGCGAUGCACACAUGGAGAAUGCACGGCGGGUGGGUGGGGGAAGACACAGAUUGGAUGGCUGGGCUGAGUGAGUGAGUAAGCUGACUGACCCUACCCGUCCUAGCCUAGCGCGAUUUGCGCAUUCCCAUUUGUGGCUGUAAGUGGUUGGAAGGAGCUCCUAACGACUGCCUUUCUGCCUUUCUGCCUGUCUGUCUGGUGAGUAAGUGGUGAGUAAGUGGGGGAGGGAUGGUAUGGAAGGGGCUUCCCCGGCCCGUCUCAGACUUGGCGAGUGCGUGAUGUCUAUCUGUGAUGUGUCGGGUGAGCGAGGGAGAAGGGGCGGGAGACGGAGAAUGUCACUCCUGCUUUUGCUUACUCUCGGCUUGGCAAUGACACGCACGAUAAGGUCUCUCGCAUUUUUUGCUUUCGGUCGGAACGCCCUGAGGGAGUGUGGGGAGGGGGUGAGUGGGGUGGGUGAAAGGGUGGGGCAUCGUGUUGUGUUUCUUUCCUCGAUUUCUCUCUUCUGCAGUCAUCACACACACAUUGUGGACACGACCGUGACACUUUGCUGACGAAGGACCUGCAUUUCGCUCGCUAUGGCGGGGAGGGAACACACAUGACGACAGCCGAUAGAUUCGUGAGUGCGUUGAUUUCUAGCAAAAUACAUUUCCAUUUGUGAUGUGUGAAUGGGUGUGGCUGUGUGUGGCGGGAAGCAGCUGAAGGCCGCCCGCCCGCCCGCCCGCCUGUCUGUCUGCCUGUCUGGUGGUGGCCAGCCUGAACCUGGGUCGUGGGGGAUGGGAAGAGCUUCGGUGAAGUUGCAUCCGUGUGGUUGUAUGAGGUGCAGUGAUGAGCAGGCGGAGUGAAGGCAAUGGGUGAGUGAGAUAGAAGGGCAAGCCACAGUGAGAAUCGGCUGCUUCUGCUUCGGACGAUUGACUGCCUUGCCCAACAGUCAGUUUCUCGGUUUCUCGUUUUGAGGGAAUGGGCUGAGUGAUGGGGGCCGGGAGGGGUGAUUAGGUCACGGGCAGGUCAUCUGUUUUGUUGGGUGAGUGAGGGAGAAGGGGCGGGGAGACGGAGAAUGGCACUCCUGCUUUGGCUAACCUCUCGAUUUGGCCCGCACUCAAUCAGUUUCUCGCAUCUUUGGC